CCAAUAAAACGCUACAGGAAAGUUGCGAAGCUCCCUCGCAGAGAUUGUAGCCUGUCACUGUCCACUCCACUUUUUUCAAUAUUUUCAUCGCAUCCUAUCAUGAAAUAGGAUUCUAUAGCUACCCACAACACCAUCCUCAUUUCGCAAACUCGCUUUUCCACUUUCUGAAAUCACAAGCAGAAGCUCACAACAAUGGCCUCCUUUUCUACCCCUACUCAUCUUUCCACCACUUCUUCUUCCUCAUAUGCCAAACCCCAUCUUAUCCGUAAGCCUUUUACUGCCUCUCUCAAACCUAAAAACUCUCUCUUUUUACUCUCUACUUUGAAAGCUUCGGCUGACAAUGGGGUCGGAACUUCAGCUGCCACCCAAGUGGAACCGCCUCCUCCGCCGCAGCAGACGGCCUCCGAGCCUCCUUCUCCUCCGCCGGCGUCUGAGAACCUUGAGGGCUCUGUGGGAACCAAUGGAUCCGUUGCUGCGGUGGCCGAAGAAGCAAAGGUGGUCGCUAGUUUGAACUUCAAGGAUGACAGAUGGGUUAAUGGGACAUGGGAUUUGAAGAAGUUUCAGAAAAAUGGUAGUACUGAUUGGGAUGCUGUUAUUGAUGCUGAGGCUAGGAGAAGAAAAUGGCUUGAGGCUAACCCAGAAUCAUCCAGCAACGAAGAUCCUGUAGUUUUUGACACCUCCAUUAUACCUUGGUGGGCAUGGAUGAAGAGGUUCCAUCUUCCAGAAGCUGAACGGCUUAACGGCCGAGCUGCAAUGAUAGGAUUUUUUAUGGCGUAUGCGGUUGAUAGCUUGACGGGGUUAGGCAUAGUAGAUCAAACGAACAACUUCUUCUGCAAAACUCUUCUGUUUAUAGCAGUGGUGGGAGUGCUCGUGAUCAGAAAGAACGAGGACCUUGAGAACAUCAAGAAGCUUUUGGAAGAGGUCACAUUCUAUGACAAGCAAUGGCAAGCAACCUGGGAAGAUAAGGAUGAUGAGAACUCAAGCAGCUCCAGAAAAGAGUAAUGGAAUUGCUAUAUUCUGUAACUGUAUCUUAAUAGCAGUAUUAUUAUGUUGCUGGUGCAAAACCAUGACAGAACAUCAGAACAUGUUUUAGCCAUAUAAUAUAAUCUUAUACUAUAAUCCGUAGCCAACUUGGUCUUGUUGCCUUA